AUGACCCGGAGAGGCGGAAACUCAGAUGGAACUUUCUACUUUCAGGCCUGGCACGUCAACCGAGUUGUAAGCGGGGAGUCAUGGGUUCAAAAUAAGGGAAUUGCCGACUUUGUCGAGCAAAACCUUAGCCCUGAUGCGAAGAAAUGGCUAUUUGUCAAGGCCUGCGUGCCUACCAAGGAACGACCUGGCCUUCUUGUGCCUGUUUCUAUCUGCGUCAAACUCCGUGCUGCAAAGGUCGGACAAGACCCAAUGGACGCGAAGCGUGCUCUUCUCCAAUUCCGCAACAAAGAGUAUCCGUCCAUUGCCAGGAGCUAUUUUGUAACUAGACUGCGAAAGUCUCUUGACUUCUUCAAUGCCUUUUCCGAGGGCGCAGAGUCGGACUCUUUUCUGGCCGACUUUAAUGUUGUCAAGUCUUCCAAGCAGUUGAAAGCGAGGAUUCAAGCGGCGAUGAGAGCCCUCAAGAGAGAAGCGUGGGGUGACAUUGUGCAAGGAUUGUCUGGCAGUGCCUCCCCUGAGCCAGAAUUCAAGGCGGCCAAGUUCAUCGCGAGGCGAGGUCAAGACCCCGCCUCCAACCCCCACCUCCUGCCUGCCACACCGCUCCAGAAUCCAUUGCCUCUUCCGGAUAUUGUUGUUACUGCUGCUGCUGCUACUUCUGUUACUGCUCGGGAAUCCGAGCAGAGUCUCCGCCCUAGAAAGGCCUCGGAUGCCUCUGAUCAUACCGUUGGCUCCACUGAUGCGUCUGGUUCUGACGCGAGCUCCACGUGCUCCGUCGAAACCACCCAAUCUUCUGUCAUUGUCGAAGAGCACUCCUCUGAGAUGCAUGACGGAGAUGCAAAGGAGUCUUCUUCCGAGCCGUCCAUGGCACCGGUGGAGGAUGAAGCAGUACCCACAAUGACCCCGGAUGCCGAAGAGGCCCCCAAUCUUAGUGCAGCCGACGAUACAAGUACUGCCGCCGUUGAGACCCCAGUUGCUGAGACUCCCGAUAUCGUCAUUAGUGCCGAUUCGUCAGGAGCGUCAUGCCUGGAGACCAUGGCGGAAGUUGCCGACACUAUAGCUACUAGUAUUACUUCCUCGUCCAGCGUUGUGGCAACUCGAAGAAAGAUGAACUGUGUUCUGUCUCGAGAGAAUACACAGACAGCCUACUUCAUCGUGCAGAAUAGCGGCAAUUGGUUUCAAUAUUUGAUGGCUGGCCGUGCCAAGAAUGCUCAACAACUGACACCUGCCUUUUUCCAAUCGCCCAUCAUCCUCGCUGCGACUAUUUCUUCUUUCGAGGCCCUAAAGCCGGACGGGAUGAUGCAAGUAUACUUUAUGUCACAGGCUAGGGAGCGUCAGGAGGAAGCAGUUGGAGAUAAGAAUAGCUGCGUGGUUCGCACUCACAAGGGAAAGAAACCGGUACGGGAAUGGGUUGUCGGAUCCGCCAAGAUCUCUACUCGUGCCCUCACAAUGCAUCUUGGGAAACAGCUCGAGAAGAGGAAGGUUAGACUUUUACCAGCGGCUUCGCCCGCGGUGCGCAGGGUCGACUCGGUCGUUGGUCCCAACAACCGACUGAUAGAGAUGACUAUCGCGCCAGGCAUUCCUCAGGCUGUGUUAGUCUCAACGCCCCAUCCUGUCGAGGACGUCCGGGAGGGUGACAUUGUUGAGGAGGAGAGAGAUGAUGGCUUUGUUCAUAUCAAGACCAACAUCAUCAACAGAAUAGUAGAGGAGGAGGUAGUGGCCUCGCCGGUGGCUGAUGCAAACGAAAACACCGAGAGGAAAGAUAAGAGAGAGAAGAGAGUGAAGAAGGCUGAGAAGAAAUUGCGUUCCAAGGGCAAAGCCCCGCUCGUUAAGAACGAUAAACCUAAGACGAACGUCAAGACGAGCGCCAAGACGAAGAUUAGGAAGAAGGCCGAGAUGGAUCAAAAGACAAAUACCGACGACUCGAGUGCGAGGGCAGAUGUCAAGACUGACAUCAAGGUCGAUGCCAACAGCGUCCCGCCUCGCAAACCUUCCAAGGUAUAUACUCCUCCUUUCAGUCGCAAAUCUUGGCGAGAUGUGGAGCCUCAAGAGCCACAGGUCAUCUACGACGUCAUGAGCGGUUACGAUUUUUUGCAAGUCGACGACGUUCAGGUCUUUUCGUUCUCGGCUUCCUCGCACGACAUGAUGCUGCGUACCACUCCCGCUGCCACACGCACCGCGGCGGCCGAAGAGAGCGAGGGCAUUGGCGUUUGGGCGCCUCCUGUAGUCGGCAUUUUCUCCUGGAUGUGGGAUCAUUUGAGCCCGGGGGGUUGGUCUUCCAAGGCUACCACUACGGCGCACUGA